AUGUUGGAUUCAAAGGAUGCCGUCCUCGUGGCUACAAGCCUUGUGCUUGCCGUUUCGACAAUCGUCUCAGUAUCGAUCGAGCUGGAAAGGCAAUUGGCGACCGUUGGACGGUUGACCGCAAGCAAAUGGUGUUUGGUGUUGAGUACGUUCUUCGCUCUGGUGAUGACUUCCAUUGUCUGUGCCGCGGCGGCCAAAGGACUUGGAGCUUCCAUUCCUGCCAUCGAGUUCCUCCGCAGAGAGACCCUGCAGAAGCUCAUCAUUGCGACCCUCCCCCCUUACUUCUUGUGCAACAUGUUCGUCAAGCACGCAUGGUUGACGUUCUACUACGGCCUGGCACAGACCCGUGCCCAGAGAUAUUUCAUUCACUUCAUGCAACUCACUGCAGUAGCCUUUGGCCUCAGUUCCGUUUUCGUCAUAUUGCUGCAAUGCGUGCCCUUGAAUUACGCGUGGCGCCAAUACCACGAACCGACCAGUGAACUCGACAAGGGAAAGUGCAUCAACUUGUUGGCCUACUUCUAUUUCAAUGCCAGCUUCAUGAUUGUCAACGAUGUGGUCAUGUACUUGAUACCGAUGGUGUUUCUCUGGAAGGUUCAAACAGUUCGUGAACAUCGGUGGAGCUUAUAUGCGUUGUUUGGAAUUUGUUUCGUGGUCAUCUUGGCCAGUAUCUUUCGGCUCGUCGCCGUCUAUGAGAUUGACACUUCACCCAAUCUCUCAGAAAACUACGCGCUGGUCUUCAUCUGGGCUAGCGUAGAGAACCACAUCGGCAUCUGCGCCGCCUGUGCCGGCGCACUCAAGGCAAGAGUGUGCUUGACGUACCGAAAGGUCAAGAUGCUCUCGGUCGACCUGCGCAACAAGUCGUGGCUUGCGUCGAUGUCGACACCCGGGUCCGGGUCGACAUCCGCGGGGACACAAACGGAGACCCUUACCCGGAGCCAGGUCACAGAGGACCGAACUCUCUAUGAGCGGACGGGCAGUCUACCGUCGUUGCACGUGGACCUUCCACUCGUGUUCGAUAAAGAGCCCGCCGGCACGGUCACAGAACUGCUUGAGAUCCAAUCUCCCAAGUCGGUUAGCAGCCCGGCUACACAUUCACGAGCGACGUCGGAGGACAGUCAGACCUCCACACUUCAGCACUGA